UACAGCUGCGUCCCGAUUUCAGGGGACCGGAACAUAUUUUAAAAUAAUUGAUAGACUGCAAAUUGACCGCAAGAAUCCCAAACAUAUACAUUUGCCUAAAACCUAAUAAUUUUAAACCUUGCUGACAUUUGUAUGCUUGGGAAUACUUUGGAACAGAUUUACAAAAUGUAAAUAAUUGAGCUGAUUUGCUUGUUUUUAAUGUCCCCCAAAAAUACAAUUAUAGAUUUGUUUUGCUCAGAACGUGGGGGGUCAAAUCACCUGUGUUCCCCCCAGUUGGGGAACCCUGGCCUACAUUCUGGUUACGGUCCCUUGGCUCUCCCACGCACUCUCUGUUGGUGUCAGUCAAGAGAACGCACGCUCGAGACCCAGCAAUUCACUGGAGGCUUUACUCUGGCUCAGUGCGUUUCGCUUACGCAUGGUUGGUUGGAGUUGCCAAGUAUGUCCUCGUAGUGUACGCAAGGUUUUUGGACUCUAAUGGAACUUACAAUUUUUGAAUUAUCAAGACUCGAUGUUGGUUGCAUAUUCAUUUAAAUGAUAGCGAAUCUAUUUCGUAAAGCGAGCUGACGGGAGAGGUUACUCCGAAAGCAAAACUCGCGACGACCCGACCCAAGUGUACCCCUUCCGAGUUCUUGCGCAAGGUGAUAGUGACCGUGACGACAGUUGAGCUGCCUUCAUAGUUGGCUGAGAGGAACGAGUCGAAUGCUUAUGGAUUACAACUCUGUGAUUCUGUGACAGGGUCGUCUCUUAGUGGAUACAUUAGCGAGGACAAUUGUGACGCUUUUAUCGUCGGUUUCAUCUUAACGCUUCUCCAACUUCUUGCAUUGGAUAGUUGUUUUUAAAGAAGACCAUGGCAUCGGAUACCACACCAGUGUUGUCGAAACAGGUGCUCCUGUGGCUGGUUGUAGUAUGCCAGUCUGUGUCGGUGAUGGCGUGCAGCGGGACCUAUGAGUACGUCAUCGAGGAGUUCUGUCUGGGGAAAUUCAGACUGGACAUGAAGGAACUGGACCAGCAUCGCUGGUGCAGCUGGGAGGACACAGUGGAACCUUACGGUGAGCUCACCAACUGCACCUACCUGAUCGCUCUGAAGAUGGACUGUUUCUGGCCCAACCGGCUGGUGGACGAGUUCUUCAUCCGCAUCCACAAGCAAUACUUCCACGAUUGCUCCCUGUCGGGGCGGCUGCUGCGUGAUCCGCCCAACCGUAUCCUUGGGCCGUUCAUCGUGGUGCCCAUCCUUGUCACAUUGCUCAUGACUGCCCUAGUGGUGUGGAGGAGCAAGCGCAGUGAAGGCAUGGUGUAGCCAGGCCCAACCUCCAGGCCACCAGCCAGGGAGAAGAGGUCUAGAGGAGGCCCCCUUCACCUCCACCUCCACCCAUGACAGACUCAGAUACACAUAACACUGCUGCUACCUACUACAGAACAGACAUCAUGGACCAGGUGAGGGACUGGGAGGACUAUCUAAGCCUGUCUCAAGGAUAACAUUAUAGAGCAUCACUGGUCCUAUCACUCUGUUUGAUAGGAGACCGAGCUAGAGGCACAGGAAAUAGGAAAGUACACGGACUACAAGAUGAGAGUUCAUAUAACUACAGUAAUUAUACCCUGCAGGCGGACUGGUUUAAAAAUGGAAGAGUGAUUCCAUUGCCCUUUAUCUACUAAAUCCAAUCUGGCUGGAGAAUCACAAGCUGUUUGCCAUGAAGGACAGAUGGUGUCUGAUUGGUUUGAAGGACUUCCUGGACACAUUAGGUAAUUUCCUGUGCAGUGAGUUGAGACACUUUGGCACAGCUCCUGGAGUGGACUUCUUACAGUCAGUCACUGAUUGGUUGACAUAAAGCAUCGUCCUAUCAUCUCUGUGCUUUAUGGAUGCUGUCUGUGCACUCUAUACUCUCCUCAUAAACACUGUCUGGACCCAACACCCUGUUCCUGUCCUUGCCCCUGCCCGUCAGAACCAACAGAUUUCUACACUCACCCUUCAAGUCCUUACUUUGUGUACUGAGCCAAAGUACCUGUCAGUAACCAAAAUAAUAAAAAAAUAUUAAAAUCAAAUUUGUCCAUGAAUAGAAAGUGAAUAUGAAAAAGAGAAUAUUAUUUUAUUUUGUGAUGUGUGCGAGACUGAGGUACAACAUACUGUGCAAAUGAUGGAUUAAUAGCCUACUGUUGGUAUUUCAUAAUGACUGUGUUCAAUAAACUUGGAUUAAAAACAAA